UCCCUAAAACCCGAUUCGUCUAAUCGCUACUUAACAACUGUCAAACAGUGUAAUCGUUGUUUGUUGACAAAUCUCUUUCGUACCAAAGGGGAAAAAGUACCAUUCGCUUUAUUUAUAGAACGCAAUAAAGUUUCCUAGCCGUACAUUACGUUCCAAUACACACGGAAUCUACAUACAACGCGCAGCAUCGCAGCCAGACAUCCGCACACCGGUGACGGGGAUGUACGGUGAAUAGGUUAAAUAUAGCUAAUCCGGCUGCAUUCCUCCGGUAAAUUAGAACACGACUGUGUGCCUUUGUUCUGUGGAAUAGUUCUACUGGUCGGUUUCCUGUCUUUCGCUGGACAACGGUUGCAAAAAAUGAUUAAACCAUUUGAAGACCCACCACUCAUCGGGGACUGGUGCCGUGAGAAACGGUUGGGCAAUGGCGGUUUCGGAGUGGUCACUCUCUGGAGAAACAAACAAACCCAACAGGCAGUGGCCAUAAAGAAGUUUCACAUUCUACAAGAUCGAAGUGAAAUCACCGAUAAGCACUGUGAGCGAUGGCGCAACGAAGUAAAGUUGAUGACAGAAACCGUCCAGAAUGAAAAUAUUGUACGUACCGUAAACGUACAGCCGGCCACAUUUAUUCAGGAGCUGUUGCGCAGCUCGGCCAACGGACUGCCGGUACUGUGCAUGGAGUACUGUGAGGGUGGCGAUUUGCGGCGCGUACUUAAUCGGGUGGAAAAUUGUUCCGGUUUGCGCGAACAGGAUGUCCGGGAUGUGUUACGCUCGCUGCGUAAUGCUGUUGCGUAUCUGCACAGUCUAAAAAUAACGCACCGGGAUAUAAAGCCAGAAAAUUUCGUGCUAAAGCAGCACGGGGAUCGGUUCGUCUAUAAACUUACUGAUUUGGGUUAUGCGAAAGCAUUGGAUAAGCAGAGUCUUAACGCAAGCUUGGUCGGCACGGUGGAGUAUAUUGCGCCGGAUCUUAUUUACUGUGAUCGAUACAACUGUUCCGUAGACUACUGGUCGAUGGGUGUGAUUGGGUUCGAGAUUAUUACGGGCGUUCGUCCCUUUAUACCGCACGCUCCAAUCACACGUUGGAUGAUGCACGUGCAGCAGAAGAAAUCGGCCGACAUUGCGAUCACGGAAGACAAUCGUGAAAAUUACACAUAUCAUACGGAAAUAUUUGCAGAAAAUCAUAUUUCCCACUGUCUGCGAAAGCAGCUCGAAAGGUGGUUUAUGUUGGCGCUUGAGUGGAAUCCAAAACAGCGCGGCUACGUUCCGUACACUGCUGCUGCUACGCCCGAAAAUGGAGCUAAAAGUGUGGAGGACAAACAAACCAUCAACGGUUCUCCAGCAAGCGGUUCGACGGUGCUGAAAAUAUUUUCCUUACUCGAUCAAAUACUGCAAAAGCGUAUAUUGGUACUAUUUUCGCUCUAUGACUGUCGUUGGAUUGAUUUCGAAGUAACACCGGAAACGAGUUUGGCAACGUUACGCGACCACGUGUACCAAGUGACCGGCAUCCCGGUGGAGGAGAUCGAUUUUAUACUUCCUCUCGAGCAGAAGGAAACACGCGUCGAAAACGAUACGCGCCCGUUCGAUCUGUAUUUGGCGGACUUUUACGACAAACCGAUGGUGUACGUCGUGCACCGGGGUAGUCGGGAAAGCAUUGUCCAGCGUGAUCUCAAACCGUGCAUACCGAAAAGUAUUACGGAUGUGUUUCAGAACAUAAAAAUCAAGCUGAAACCGCACGUGCUGCGUCAGUUCAUUGCCAACUCGUACUACUUUAUUGCACAGGAGCAGCGGCUCUAUGUGCUGCUGCUGGACGGCGUACGGAACUAUGGUUUGACGCUGAAUGAUAGUAUUGCGAGACGGAAGGAUGAAAUUGGGCGCAUGAACAAGGUGGUGUACGCGAUACUGGGUGGUGUGGAGUACCAUAAGCUGGCAGUGCAUCAUGCCUGCGAUGCACUAAACGCUGCCAAGCGUAUACCGUCCGCUUCGUUCGAAACGGCCACUGAACAGUGGAAGGAAAAGUGCACUCGCAUAGAAACAAACGUACGAAAGCUCGCUGAAAUGGCUGACAAGAUUAGUAGGCGGUACGAAUCGGUACUAAAGCGCAGCAGGGAUGCAUUACGCCACACACUGCUUCAUGACUAUGAGCAGCAGGAUUACUUCGGGUUGAAAAAUGUCGAAGGACGGUACGAACAGACUCGGGCAAGGAUAUUGGAAAAAAUUACGAACGAAAGAUCACACAUGGAUAUGUCGCAGGCUGUGUACGAAUGUCUCAAACGUCGGGAUGUGCUGUUACGCGAUGCAAGCUUUCAGGAGUUGCAACGGCAACUACUUGACGUUCGCCAUGAGAUGCAAGAGAUUGAGAAAGUGGUGGAAAAGGUAGUUGAGCUGACGGAGAAGUAUAAGCGCGAACUGGCACGGUUAACAUUGGAGCAUCAGGAUGAGGUGUGGAAAAUGUUGUCCAGCAUCGACUCGCAUGCCCCGGCCGGUAAUGGAGAGCUAUCGAAUGGAACGAAUGGGGGUCCUUGCUUUGUCGACUUUGACGAUAUGACGCCUGUUUUUGCAUCUAACAACAAGGGGCGAUCAAAUACCAGCAAACCAAAGUUUCUGGUCGGUGGUCCGAUGACGCCACUCCCAUCGUCCAUUUCGAUUGAAAGCUUCGAUGGAAAUCGAGCCUGCGUGGAUGAUGGUCCCGAUGUGGAAGAUUUAAUUGCUGCCAGCGAUACGUUGAUUAAUACAACAAACGAUCUGCUGAGCGAUAGCUUGCUGAUGUUGAAGUGAAAUUGGACCAAAGAAUGGCAUGAGUGUUAGGAAUUUCUUAUGUGAAUUCUUCUACCCUUCCCCCACUAGAGGUGUGCCUGAAGCGAGCGACGAAUUGGUGCUAUUGGAAGUGGCCAUUUACUGUUGUUGCGUUACCAGAAAUUAUUAUUGAAUUUUUCAAUUCUCAUAUCGCACAAAUAAAUAUCUCAUUACUUGUUUUCCUAUA